AGACAUUCAUUGUAACAGCGCUUUUGAGCUCAGUGGUUGCCCUCUCGCAUCUUAAGUGGGACUAGCGGCUUGUUCCUUUCCCACCGAGUAAUAUUUUUUAAGGUGCUUCCCAGUUGAAAGACCUGCUCCUUCACUAUGUUGAGAUUACGGAUCACCAACUCCGCAGUCUUCACACUCAUCAGUGGGUUUGCACUGGUCUUCUUAUACUCCUGGCAGGGUGGUGUCACCCCCCAGGCUGAGGAGCAGAGUGGCAAAGUUCACGUUCUGAUCUUGUCCUCCUGGCGCUCAGGCUCCUCCUUCGUGGGACAGGUCUUCAGCCAGCACCCGGAUGUGUUCUAUCUAAUGGAGCCCGCCUGGCACGUGUGGGUCAGCAUGUACCAGAACAGCGCCAGCACUUUGCGGAUGGCGGUCCGGGACCUCAUCCGAUCGGUGUUCCAGUGUGACAUGUAUGUCUUUGAUGCCUACAUGCCGGAAAAGCGUAACGUGUCGCAUCUGUUUCAGUGGUCGGUCAGCCGUGCGCUUUGCUCGCCACCUGCAUGUGACCUGUACAAGCGGGAGGAGAUCAGCAAUGAGAUGACCUGCAAGAAGAUGUGCAGCAAGACUCAGUUUGAGAAGGUGGAGGAAGCCUGCAAGUCCUACAGCCAUGUGGUGUUGAAGGAGGUACGCAUUUUUGACCUGGAAACCCUCUACCCUCUUCUCAAAGACCCUUCCCUCAAUCUCAAAAUCAUCCACCUCAUCCGAGACCCCAGGGCGGUGGUAAAGUCCCGUGAACAGUCAAUGAAGGCCUUCAUGCGGGACAAUGGUAUUGUCCUCAACACCAAAGGUGUUAAAGUGGUAGACACCCACUACCAGGUGAUGCGGGAAAUCUGUCGGAGCCACGUCCAGAUUUACGAAACAGCCACUCAGAAAGCACCCAGCUUCUUAAAGGGCCGGUACAUGAUGGUGAGAUAUGAUGACCUCGUACGGGACCCACUUGCUGAAAUCUCAAAGAUGUAUAAGUUUGCGGAGUUAACCAUGACCCCUAAGCUUAAAUCUUGGAUAUAUGAUAUCACACACGGUGAAGGCCAUGGGAAUGAGCAGGAGGCCUUUCUAAUUACCUCUCGCAAUGCGGUGAACGUCUCGCAGGCCUGGAGAGUCUCGCUGCCGUACGAGAAGGUUGCUAAAAUACAGGAGGUCUGCAAAGGGGCAAUGAACAUGCUGGGCUACCAACUAGUGGAGUCUGACAAAGAACAGAAGCGGCUGGGGCAGGAUAUGGUGUUGCCAAGGAAACAAUACCAGUUCAUUUGGUUACCCUCCAAGACAACAGAUAGAUUAAAAGAUUAAGUUUGUGGUCCUGUCAGAAUUUUUUUUAACUGUUUACUUUUUUAUGUGUAUUAUUUAGUGUGCUCUGUUAUUUUACCUCCAAUUUGGAAUGUCCAAUCAUUUUCCCCCUCACUGCAGCAAUUCCUCACGCUGCUCUGGAGAGCUGGUUCAGUGGCUGUCCUCCAAUCCCACGACCGAGCCAGCUUCCACUUUUACACCCAGGAACUAGAGAGCGGAUGUCAGUGAGCUACCGACCUCUGGAGGACAAAAGCCAGCAGGGUUCACUGUAGCGACAAACAGCUCCUGCCUCUGUAACUCACGGGAGCGCCAGAGCAAUGGGACGCGCCUUUUGGAAUCCCCAGAGACAGUUUAUUUUUAAAACAGGCAUUAUUUAGUAUUCUUAUUAUUUGUAGAACUGUGUUUUGAAAAAAAUUAUACACUAUACCAGAGGUGCAUCUUAUUGAUUAAGGGACAUCACUGGUAAUGCAAUGAUAAAAACGUUGACUUUUGUUGGACUUUUAAAGAAUGACCACCAGGGGGAGCAGAAAUUACUGGUUUGGUUGGGAUAUAUAAGAAUUUCAAACAAGACAACUGACAAAUAUAUGUAUAUAAUAAUAGUAAU